AUGCCAACAGUGAGAAGAGUGAAGCUGGGCUCACAAGGUCUGGAGGUAUCAGCUCAAGGACUGGGUUGCAUGGGCAUGUCCUCCUUCUACGGCCCUCCUAAGCCCGAAGCCGACAUGAUCACUCUCAUCCACAAUGCCAUCGACAGUGGCAUUACCUUCUUCGACACUGCCGAUGUCUACGGCCCUCACACCAAUGAAGUUCUCCUUGGCAAGGCUUUGAAGGGAGGGAGGAGAGAGAAGGUGCAGGUGGCUACUAAAUUCGGGAUCGGGUGGAAGGAGGGGAAGAUGGAAGUGCAUGGUGAUCCGGCGUAUGUACGGGUGGCCUGCGAUGCUAGCUUGAAACGGCUUGACAUUGAUUGCAUAGAUCUCUAUUACGCCCAUCGAAUUGACACUCGUGUGUCCAUAGAAGUCACGGUUUGGCCCCUUCUUCACAUUUGA